CCUUCCGGUUCCUCUGGCAGAGAUCAGCUGACUCUGAUGCUGCUGUCAGGAGACCUCACGAACUGUACUGAAUUGCCACUAUGAAAAUUUUCAGGUUAUAGACCCACUACAAAGAGCUUUACUUUCCCUGGCCAUAUUUUUGAUACACAGUUUCCUCUAGCUGCAUCAGUGCUGGAAUCAUGACAGAGUUUUGGUUGAUAUCUGCUCCGGGAGAGAAGACAUGCCAGCAGACGUGGGACAAAAUGAUGGCAGCCACUACACGCACCAACAACCUCUCCACCAACCACAAAUUCAGCAUCCCAGACCUCAAGGUGGGGACGCUAGAUGUCUUGGUGGGACUGUCGGAUGAACUGGCAAAGUUAGACUCCUUUGUUGAAAGUGUGGUGAAGAAGGUGGCUCAGUACAUGGCCGACGUACUGGAGGACAGUCGAGACAAAGUACAGGAGAAUCUGCUGGCCAAUGGAGUUGAUCUUGUCACCUACAUCACCAGAUUUCAGUGGGACAUGGCCAAAUACCCCAUCAAACAGUCACUUAAAAACAUCUCUGAAAUCAUCUCAAAGCAAGUUACUCAGAUUGACAAUGACUUGAAGACCAGAGCCUCAGCGUACAACAGUCUGAAGGGAAACCUGCAGAACCUGGAGAGAAAGAAUGCGGGGAGUCUGCUGACCAGGAGCUUGGCUGACAUCGUGAAGAAGGAUGACUUUGUACUUGACUCAGAGUAUCUGAUUACUCUACUGGCAGUUGUACCAAAGACGGCUUAUCCCGAGUGGCAGAAAACAUAUGAAACACUGGCUGAGAUGGUGGUGCCUCGAUCCUCAAAUCUGUUAUUUGAAGACAAUGACAGUGGACUCUUCAGUGUGACUCUGUUCAGAAAAGCCAUCGAUGACUUCAAACACAAAGCCAGAGAGAACAAGUUCACAGUCAGAGAUUUCCAGUACAAUGAGGAGGAGAUGAAGGCGGACAAAGAGGAGAUGACACGACUCUCCACAGAUAAGAAGAAGCAGUUUGGUCCACUGGUCCGAUGGCUGAAAGUGAACUUCAGUGAAGCUUUCAUCGCGUGGAUCCACAUCAAAGCUCUGAGGGUGUUUGUGGAGUCUGUUCUACGGUACGGGCUUCCUGUGAACUUUCAGGCCAUGCUUCUGCAGCCAAACAAGAAGACUAUGAAGAGGCUGAGGGAGGUGCUCAAUGAUCUGUACAAACAUCUGGACAGUAGCGCAGCAGCGAUCAUUGAUUCGGCGAUGGACAUCCCAGGCCUAAACCUGAGCCAGCAGGAGUAUUACCCCUACGUCUACUACAAGAUUGAAUGCAACCUGUUGGACCUAAAAGUUUAACUGUUCCCUCGUUCUCAUUUUUAAUCUUAAUUAAGUUAUGUUUUUCCUGGUUCACCUUCCCCCCGUCCCUCUUCUCCUGUCCUUCUCACUGUCGUCCUCCUCACUGUCGUCUCCAUCCGCUGCUUGAAAGACGCUGCAUGUCCAUUCCUUGUGGUGAAAAGGUCAUCAACAAGCUUCAGCCACUUUAACAACAAAGGGACAUAAAGACUUUGAAAUAUUUGGUUUGUUUACAAUUCAUUUCCUUUCUCGAGCCACACAGAUUUUUUGCUUUUUUGAUGUGAAAUGAGUAAUUAAAUCACAAUCGAGAGCUGUAUCUUUACUGUCAUUCCACUCGUGUUGGUGUGUAUCGAUAGCUACAUCCUCUGUGUAGGUGUUCACUGAUUUGUGUUUACAUAUGGGCAAUCGCAUCGCUGUAUCCACGGCAACCAGAUCCGGUAUGUAUUUGAGAUUGUUGAUCGCCCUUGCAGACAUUGUGAGAUGUUCUAUGAGUGUGUGUUGUUUCAUGUUGUGUAUAUUUGCUGUCAAAAGAGAUCUAUAUCUGCGUAUCGUGUUGCCAUUGAUUUAAUAAAUAUGAUGGAAUCAGUGAAGUAAUAAAUAUGAGCGUAGCUGCCGGA